GCUGCGCGCCAUCAAAGCGACUAUUUAACAUAAUUCCUCCAAUACGGCUGAGAGAUAAAGAGAAUAGAGUUGGGAUAAUUUGCAGUGGCACUGAUGCCGUUGUCUAAGUACAGCACGGUUCUUUAAUGAGGUCAAUGAUAAGAGAAAGAGUGCUGAAGACGCUGAGGAUGAUGUGGGCCGGGCUGGAGGCGUUGCUCAUGCCCUCCUCCUUCUGUAGGGCCAGCAGACUGUGAACUUGAACAAACGGGUACAGCAUUGACGACUGUCAAGUCACACAUACUGCUGUUCUAUGAGAUUUAUUGUGCCAGUUUAGUUUCAGGGGAUCAUCACUCACGAUGUCCAGACGCAAACUCGGCAGUAGACCGCAACACCUGAGUGCAAUGCAAGAUUUUGUGGAUGCUCUGGAUUCUACAGUUGUUCCCACCUCCUCACCAUCACCUGAGCGAAUGCCUCAGCCUGAGGUUGGUGGUCGUGACCUGUUGACCUGUGGCCAGUGUGGUCAUGCAUUCCCGCUGGCCCACAUCCUUACCUUCAUCCAGCACAAACAGGGUGGAUGUGGCAGUGCCAGGGCCUGGCCUGAGGGCCAAACCCCUCCCUCUCCAGCUAAUAGAACGCUCCGAUGCGGCCAGGAAACGCAGGUGGAGGUGGGUUAUGUGGAGCUCCGACGGAUGACGGACAAGAGAUGGAAGGAAGAGCCAGAUGUGAGGGUGGAGGCUAACAGAUCUGAGGAACCAUCUAUUUUCACGUGCCAGGUGUGUCAGUGUGUAUUCUCCAGUGCAUGGGCUCUCCUCCAGCAUGCUCAGAACACACAUUCUCUCAACAUCUACCAAGUGGAGUACAACAGUUAUGCACAGAUGUCAAAACCAGCAGCCAUGAUGGAUCCACGUCACCUGGGUGCCACACUGGCCUCUGCAUUCCAACCGUCAUCUCAGCGGUCAGCCCGCCCUCACAGCUCCACCCCUUCAUCAGGCACUCAGGACCUGCAUGGGCUGAACUUUUCCAUGUGUUUGCAGCACCUGGCAGAGGUCAGCUGUGGUAAUGGAGGAGUGGUACCCUCUCCAUCUCCCUCUCCACCAGCUGCUUCGCCAUUUCCACACUCCACUCCACCACGCCACUUCUCCUGUGAGGUGUGCAGCCAUUGCUUCCAGUCUCUGCGCAGCCUGUCUGCCCACCGUCGGACUCACGCUUGUGAUAGGCCCUACCAUUGUGGCCUUUGCCAGCUCACUUUUGCCCAGAGCGGGGAACUAGCACGUCACAUGAGGAGCCACCACCGCCAUGCUGGACAGGAAAUGUCUAAUCCCAAUCCUGCCAGUACAGAUGAGGACAGAAAGCUUUCUGGACAGGGAGAUAAUAAUAUUGCCAGUGGUGCAGGGUAUCCAGUAGCUGGCACGGGUGCAGAAAAGAACCCAGGAGGUAGCAGCCUGAUCUUGAUGUCCUCGCAGUCCAGGGUACCAGAUCGUAAUCCGCUUCGGUACUGCCAGCCUCAGAGAGAUGCAGAUGAAGAAGGUCCUGUUGAACCUCAGCAGCCAUCUCCCUAUGGUAGCCCCUCGGAGGGCUCUCUGGAGAGUGGCGAUACAGGUGGAAGUGGGGAAAGUGGGAUUGCCAGCGGCAACUGCACACCAAAGCGUCCAGAGCGAGAAGAUCGUCCUCAAGGCGAGUGGGAAAAUGAAAGAGAGAUGGAGGCUGUGGGAAUGAUCCAGGACUGGCAACAGGAGAACGAAAGGAAACCCAUCACCACUGGAGGGGUUAAGAAGAAGAAAGAAGAAGCCUGUGAAUUUUGUGGAAAGUGUUUCCGUAACAGCAGCAACCUGACAGUGCACCGACGCAGCCACACAGGCGAGAGGCCAUACCGCUGUGGCCUUUGCAGCUAUGCUUGUGCGCAGAGCAGUAAGCUAACACGGCACAUGAAGACACAUGGUGCACGUGGGACACGUGCUGCCUUUCAGUGCCAGUUGUGUUCCGUCCCCUUUACUGUUUAUGCGACACUGGAGAAACACCUGAAGAAGGUCCAUGGACUCACCCACGCUAGUGCUGGGGCCUACAGCCAAAUAGCUGAUUACACAGUCAGAAUGGAGGAUGACUCCAUUUGUGAUCAAUCUGCGAUUCCAAUCACAACCCUCACAGAAUCCAAUGUGGACAUAUCAGAGAAGCUGCAAGAGAAGGACUCUGAGAUGAGGGUCAGUGGUGAUCUUGAUGAGCUACCUACCUCUGAAGAAACGGGCAGUACUGCAAUGCUGGGUCAAACCACAGUAUAAAAAUAGCAACACUUCUGCACGACACUCUGAUCAUGACCAAAACCACCAAGCAUGAAGAUCUUCAGCCCACGGCUCAGUAUGUGCAUUCUGAGAACCGCAUUGAAGACCUCACCUGCCUUUACCGUGGUACUUAGCCGUGGUACUUGGGCACAUGGCAAAUACUGACCAAGAUUCAUAUCAGUACAUGUGUAAGUGCCUAUAAAUAUGACUGUUAUAUCCUGACAUUUAAAUAUUUUGAGGAUUUCUGAACAUGAGUGAAGCCCAGUCACUGUUGUCAAGACUGCAAUCAGCACUUCCUCCUACAGUAGGAACCCAGAACUUUAUUGCGGCUAGUAGAACAGGUCAAGAGUAGCCAAUAUGGAGAUGUUGCUAGGUUCUAAAAGACUAACUUUUAGGAAUAUUACCAAUACUGAGUGGCAAUUACCUGCAGGUGAUCUGUCUUUAUGAUUUUUUUUUUAUUGAAUUCUAAAAUACAAUUACUGAAAUGGACACUUUGUGUUUACUGUUGUGGUAGUCUACUGCAGGUCCUUAAAGGUUCACGUUUUAUAAAAUUUGGUGUAUAACAAAUGCAUACUGUCAAAUGGGGUGGGUGGCAUGUGGUAGGUCUAUGUCAGAUGUACAGUACAUCUUGCACAAAUGACAAUAGACACUGAAAUACAGAUGUGUGCUGUUGUUUCAACAUAGAGAAACCUUUGUUUUCCCAGCUCUCUCUGAUGAGGUUUUAUUCAUUUUGUGCUCUUUUUGUUACAGUUUAAUAUAUAAUAUUGAAUCCGUCUGUGGCGAUAUAUGUUCACUGUCAUAAAAUAGCAUUUUGUUUGCCCGUUAGUUUAGCGUGUGUGUGUACACGUUUAUACAGAUAUUUUUCUACAUAUGCCACAGAUUUUCACAUAUUGGUUCUAUAGCCACUCUUUGCAAAAACUCAUAUAUAUAAAAACCAUCUUUUUAUGAAAGUUUCAUUUUGUUGUAUAUUGUAAGCCUGUUUAGUCUGUUUAUACAUUUGUUGAAUUUUGUACUGCCCAAGCACAUACAAAUUAUAUGAAAAGUGUUUUUUUUUUUUUUGUUUCUCAAUGUCACUGUAUGUUUCAUGGUUGUGCAAAUGAAAAGUCUCAUUUCUCAUGAAAGACUGGGUGGGGAAACUACAGCACUGACCUGUUGAAAAGUGGACUCGCAAAGAGCGUGCGUGUGAGAGAGAGACCAGAUACACGAUAAAUAUAUACAGGGAAAAUUUGCUUUGUUACAAGUUUUUAUGGUUAUUGUUGUCUGUACUCUGGCAGGGAACUGUUAUGUUUUGGCCUCUUUGUGUAAAAUAUAUAUAUAUAUAUAUAUAUAUAUAUUUU